GAGGCGCUGUCACCUGAGGGAAAUCGAACACGGGUUGAGAGGUUCCCAGUUAUACUCGCCCACCAACCAAACUAAACAUCCGUGGGUGAUUUGGAUAACUAUCGCUCUAAUUCGAACAAAUCCAUAUCAAUCCACGCUUUUCGCCUUCAUUAAUUAUUUCAUACACGCUAAUCUCCGAAACCAAAUACUUAAUUCUCACACGGUUCAAACUGGCAAAUAUCGAUGACUUCCACCUGCAAGAUCCGCUGUGACCGCCGCAAGAGAAGCGCACCUGUGCGCACCAAACUGGUCGCAAAUCUAUACACUUAUCUACACUCAGAAGCAGCCCAAUUUGCACGCCGUCCAACGGCCGGACUUUCGCCUUUUACGUCUGCUCCCCCUGGCCUAUCGUACUAAUUAAACUGUUAAUCAAAUACUAAUCACCCAUAAGUCAAAGCAUGUCCCCCCGCAAGGGUCUCAAUCCACCGACUACCGUUAAUGACUCCCCACAUUUCUCUGCAAUCUCUUCCGCCUAUAAAAGAAAGCUUUUUUAGACAUCCAACGAAGAAAACAAUCGAGAUGGCCGGAAGUGUUGUAGCCGUUACAAUUGCUCUGCUAAUGGCGUUGCAGGCACCAAUCGCGACGACAACGCGGCUCCGCAAAUUACAGUCGACCCGCGAGCAGCUGGCGCAUGCGGCGGUGUCUGCGAGCCUUGCGCAGGCGAAGAGCGCGCUGGCUGCGAUCUCGAGCGCGGCGGAGAGCGUAGCUCCGCUGAAGCCGGGCGAGAGUAUGGUGCUUCGUGACUGUUUGACGACGAUGAGGGACUCGGUUCAGAAGCUGCAGAAGUCGCAGGGUGAGAUGGGAGAGGGGAAGGCGUGGGUGGAGAACGCGCGGACUUGGUUGAGCGCGGCGCUGACGGAAGACAAUAUGUGCGCGGAUGAGCUUCAAGGAGUGGAUUUGGCGGGGCGGAGGGAGGCGGUCAGGGGGCUGGUUGUGCUGGCCGCGAGGCGUACUAGCGACGCGCUGGCGCUGAUUAGUAACUUGGGUUCGUCUAGUGGGAUCGAGCCAUGACUUUCCAGUUCAGUAGCUGGUUUCCUGCUGCUGUUGCAUAUUUGGUUUUGAACUAUUUCUCAUAAGUCAGUUGAAUGUUAUGAAGUUGUGUCAACAGUAAAUGGCUUGUACUAUUAUGUAGCGUUUGUUUUAAGAUGUAAUGUGCGGAUAUCGGACCGAAGAACUGUUCAAUUUUAUCUAUGUGAAUAGUGAAAAUGCAACAUGAAUAGUAAAAGCGCAACGUUUUUAUUAUUCAUUGUGAUUUUAUGGUUCACACAUAGACAAAGCCGGAUGGUUCUUCCCGUCCAGUAUCUGCACGUAAUAAUUUCUCUUGUUUUGAAGCUUUGUUAUAUUUGUAUGUGUGAUUGUAAAUAUGCAAGUGAUUUUGGUGUAAGCCUUUAUAAUCGAAUAAGUUGCCCGUUUGAAUAUAUUUAAAAAUAUGCU